AGCGAAACGGCUGUAUAAUUGUAAUAUUCUUAAUAUGCUAUAACUACGAAACCCACAAUGCAGUUCGGCAAUGACAACUUUCUCCAGCGCCGCGUGAACGCGUUGAUGAGUGCUCGCGACGGAGAACAACAAAAUUAGCAAGCUGUCUCCAUGGUGAUGAAGUCGUCGUGCGAGGAGGAUGAGGGAGCCUGGGGUCUGGGGAUCCCGGAGAAGAUGAGGAACAACACUGACUGGGUGGACAUCACUCAAGACUUUAAAGCGUGCUGUAAAGAACUUAAGCUUGGCGAAUUGCUUCAUGACAAAUUGUUCGGGCUUUUCGAGGCGAUGUCUGCCAUUGAGAUGAUGGACCCCAAGAUGGAUGCUGGCAUGAUCGGGAACCAAGUGAACCGGAAAGUUCUUAACUUCGAGCAGGCUGUGAAGGACGAGGCAAUUAGAGUGAAGGAUCUGACUCUGCCUGAGCUCAUCGGCAUCGUUGACACAUGCUUCUGCUGCUUGAUAACUUGGCUAGAAGGUCACUCUCUGGCACAGACGGUCUUCACGUGUCUGUAUGUCCACAACCCUGAGCUCAUCCAGGAUCCUGCCCUCAAAGCCUUUGCCCUCGGGAUCCUCAAAGUGUGCGAUAUCGCCCGUGAAAAAGUCAACAAGGCUGCUGUGUUUGAGGAGGAGGAUUUCCAGGCCAUGACGUAUGGCUUCAAAAUGGCCAACAACGUGACAGAUCUGAGAGUGACAGGAAUGCUAAAGGAUGUUGAGGACGAGCUGCAGAGGAAAGUGAAGAGCACACGGAGUCGACAGGGCGAGCAGCGGGACCCUGAGGUUGAGCUCGAUCACCAGCAGUGCCUGGCCUUAUUCAGCAGGAUCAAAUUCACUCGCCUGCUCCUGACCGCUCUCAUCUCCUUCACCAAGAAAGAGACGAGCGCAGUGAGCGAAGCGCAGAAGCUAAUGAGUCAGGCCGCAGAUCUCCUGCCUGCCCUACACUCCACCAUUCAGUAUGGCAUCCAGUCACAGAACGACACUACGAAAGGAGAUCACCCGAUCAUGAUGGGUUUUGAACCCUUGGUAAACCAGCGUCUGCUUCCGCCUACUUUUCCCCGCUACGCCAAGAUCAUCAAGCGCGAGGAGAUGGUCAACUACUUCACCAAACUCAUCGAGCGCAUCAAGACCGUGUGUGACGUCAUCAACAUCAGCAACCUGCACAGCAUCCUGGACUUCUUCUGUGAGUUUAGCGAGCAGUCCCCUUGUGUUCUGUCCAGAUCUUUAUUACAGACUACAUUUCUGAUCGACAAUAAGAAAGUGUUCGGGACUCACCUGAUGCAGGACAUGAUCAAAGAUGCUCUCCGCUAUUUUGUCAGCCCCCCUGUUCUGUCCUCAAAGUGCAGUCUGUAUAAUAACCACCAGGCCAAGGACUACAUCGACUCCUUCGUCACACACUGCUCUCGGCCGUUCUGCAGUCUGAUCCAGAUUCACGGCCACAACAGAGCGCGUCAAAGAGACAAGCUGGGACACAUCCUGGAAGAGUUCGCCACCCUACAGGACGAGGCUGAGAAGGUGGACGCAGCUCUACACGGGCUCCUGAUGAAGCUCGAGCCUCAGAGGCAGCAUCUGGCAUGUCUGGGCACUUGGGUUCUCUACCACAACCUGCGUAUCAUGAUCCACUACCUGCUCAGCGGCUUCGAGCUCGAGCUCUACAGCAUGCACGAAUACUACUACAUCUACUGGUACCUGUCGGAGUUCCUGUACGCGUGGCUGAUGUCCACUCUGAGCCGAGCCGACAGCUCUCAGAUGGCCGAAGAGCGCAUCCUGGAGGAGCAGCAGCAGAAGGGACGCAGCAGCAAGAAGAGCAAGAAGAAGAAGAAAGCUCGUCCUCUGGGAAAGGAGAUCACCAUGAGCCAAGCGUAUCAGAACAUGUGUGCAGGCAUGUACAAGACGAUGAUAGCCCUAGACAUGGACGGAAAGGUCCGGAAGCCUCAGUUCGAGCUGGACAGCGAGCAGGUACGCUAUGAGCACCGUUUCGCACCCUUCAACAGCGUGGUCACGCCUCCUCCAGUGCACUACAUCCAGUUCAAGGAAAUGUCCGACCUGAAGAAAUACAGUCCUCCUCCCCGCUCAGCAGACUUGUACAUGGCGGCAAGCAAACACUUCCAGCAGGCCAAACUCAUCCUGGAAAACGUCACCAGCCCUGAUGCUGAGGUGAACCGGAUCCUCAGAGUGGCCAAACCCAACAUCGUCGUGAUGAAGCUACUAGCUGGAGGACACAAGAAGGACACCAAGGCCCUUCCUGAAUUCGACUUCUCCGCACACAAGUACUUCCCUAUAGUCAAAAUCAUCUGAUUACAAGAGCUCAUGUCUCCUCCAUCAGCUCUACUGCUGUCACGUGACUUUUCCUCGCAGUUCACGUCAUCGCUGCUCGGUCCAGACAUCACAGUGUGACCAAGACUGUAAAGGUCAUAGAGUCUUCAAUUCUGAUUUACAGAGAACUGUUUCACACAUCAAGGUUUCUGUAACUCGUGGAAAGUGAGAGUUUUGUAUUUGGAUGUCACCGUGUGUGCGCGUGUGUGUGUGUGUGUGUGUGUGUGUGUGUGUGUGUGUGGGAGAGUGUGUGAGUAAAAUUCUUUCCAUCAACUUGCAUGUGUGUAAAUCUGUCUUGGUUUAUUACUUUCGAAUUAAAACAACAUGCGAAAAUCAUUUUCCUUAUAAUCCUUCAUUUAAGAGACAAAAUAAAGAGAUGGUUAUUUGGUAUUAGGGUUUUUUAUUGACAAUUUUUAAAUCAGAACAUAAAAACAAAUUUCAGGAAAAAAAAAAAAAAACGCAGCGCUACGUCCCUGAUAUGAAGUCUGGCUCUAAAUACAAGUUUCAGUUUUUUUUUCUGAGUCUAAGAUAUUCCUAAACGAGCACACGAUCGACUGCGAUGUUAAUGAUUCGAGUGAAAGAAGAAUAAGUUAAAGGCCAUACUUUGAUCAGAUGUACAUACAUUCAGAUUAGCAUGAAUUCCAGAAAGAUCUGCACUUAGCUUGUGGGAGUUUUCAUCCAUCAAACCUCUUCUCCUCCACCUUUGGAUUAAACAAUAACUAAAAUAUCUUCUUUUAAAAAAAAAAAAAAAUUCGACAUUGAUCUGAAUCAGAUUUCUAUACAAAAAGUUCUGCUAUGUUCUGAAUAUAUUACAAAGAACAUUAUUUACACUUUAAGAUGUUUAUUUAACGUUAUGGAAGGAGUCUCCAGUGUCGGCUGUUUUAUUAUAUUAAAAUAAAAAAGCUUUUUGAGUUUAUAGCUGCUGUCGUGGACAUGAAUAUUAUUGUUAUUUUAAUUAAUAGAAAAUUGCUCAAUUUUCUAUUAUCACGGUAAAAAAAAUCUUCACGUGGCAUGCUGUUAUGGGGAAAAUAUUCAAAUUUACUGUCUAUUUCUUUCAUAGCCUAGCUAGCGAUAUAGAGAGUUCUUGAGCUACGUCUCAAAACACACACAAGGCACAGCAUUUUGACACGAUA